AUGGGCUGGGUCCUCAAUGCCACGCCCGAGGUCGAGGCCAUCUCGCAGUGGCAGACCAUCAUCGCCAUCGCCUGCGUCCUCUCCUUCCUGUCCGUCGCCGUCAGGCCUAGCCGCCGACGACUGGAUGUCCCGCUGUCCACGGCCUUUGCCCUCAUCUACUCCGGCCUCACCAUCGCCCGUCGUGGAUGGAACCCGCUUAAGGACGGCACGUACCUACCUCUUAGCCUGUCCUUGACGGCGUACGUCGUCGUCGUCAUUGUUUUUGACGUCGUUAUAGCAGUGUUGCUGAUCCUGGUCCUCCUGCGGCUUAAUAUCCGCGUUCAGAAGAAGGCCAGCCUUAUCGCUAUCUUCCUGCUUGGCCUCUUUACGACGCUAUGCUUUAUCCUGCGCUACCUCGAGAUCAACCGCAUCCAGUACAGCGAGAAGAACUCAACAAUACUGGUGAUGUGGGGGACCAUCAAGUUUAACGUUGGGAACAUCGUCUCGUCUCUGCCGUUCUUGGCGCCCGUUUUCAUGAAGAAGGUCAAGAACUACCGCUAUAAGUACUCGGGCGGUUCCUCGCACGGCCGCAGCCACCUCAAUGGCCCCGAGCACUACAAGCUCAGCGAAAUAAACCACAACAAGAGCGUCUUCGCCUCGGCCAACCACAGCAAGGCCAGCAACGGCAGCGAGGAGAACAUCCUGCUGGGGAACAUCAUAAAGUCCGUCACGUACAGCGUCCAGGUCGACGACAGGGCUGAGGCCAAGUCGGGCAAGUCCGACAUAACAAGGCCGCAGAAGAGGGAUUCAAGGGACUCUGACCUUUGA